ACUUUUUUUUUGCCUUGCAGGUGUUAUGAAUCUUAAUUUCUUUGAUAGCAGCAACUUGUAGGCCUCACAACCUACCAAUUUGAUAUCACACUGAUCUUCUUGUGCAUCAAGAUUUGAGUCAUCAUGUCUUCCACAUCCCAAAAGCAUCGCAACUUCAUCUCAGAGCCCAUGGGUGAAAAGCUUGUGACUGAUCUGGCAGGGAUAGGAGAAGUUCUUGGAAAGCGACUAACUGGCAAAGGCUUUGAUAAGGCCUAUGUGGUACUGGGGCAAUUUCUAGUUUUGAAGAAAAACCAGGAAUUAUUUGAGGAAUGGCUCAAGGACACCAGUGGAGCAAAUUCAAAG